UGUAGCCAACCAACGACGACCAGGAACGAACGAAAAAACAGUACGACGCACACAAUUUUUACGCACAAUCAUUACUAGUCCGGUCGUUGUUCCGUUGUCCGUUUCACGUCCGUUUUCGAUCGUUUCACUCCGUUUCAACUACAUCCGUGCGUCGACAACAGGUUAAUCUCGAGUUGUUGUAUGAGUCAAAAAACAGAAAAACCGGUACUGUCAGGUCAACGCAUCAAGACCAGAAAAAGAGAUGAAAAAGAAAAAUACGAUCCUUUCGGCUUCCGGGACUACAUCCUUGGGGGCCUCAAUGGUGCCGGCACUGACCUAGAAGCAAUUUGGAAGUUCCUUGAUCAAGCUGGUUCUAAAGUUGAUUAUCGCCGUUACGGUGAAGUCCUCUUUGAUAUACUGAUUGCAGGAGGUCUUUUAGUUCCGGGAGGAUCCAUUUCACAAGAUGGAUCAAUAUCUCAGGAUGGAGACAAACUGUGGAAGACAAAUGCAUGUGUUUUUGAAGCGCCCGAAGACAUGGUAUCUAUGCGAAACUAUGAACAGGUGUUCAUCAAACUCAUGCGUCGAUAUAAAUAUUUGGAGAAAAUGUUUGAGGAGGAGAUGAAAAAAAUUUUGCUGUUCAUUAAAGGUUUUAGUGACAUUGAACGUAUUAAACUUGCACGUAUGACUACAUUGUGGAUUUCUAAUGGUUCAAUUCCACCUACUGUUCUUCAAGUGCUUACUAAUGAGCAUUUGAUAAAAGAUGGGUUGGCAUUAGAAUUUCUCAUUGAACUAUUUGUGACAUAUAAGCAAGAAGUAGGCAAUGCCCAUCUACUGACCGUAUUGAAAAAAGGAGGACUCGAAGGUCGGUUGAUGGAUUUCUUGCCUCCCAAUAAACGUACUGAAGAAAAUCUCCGUGCACAGUUUGAAGAAAAAGGAUUGAGCGAUGUGGUUAAGCUACAUUUAGCUCAGGCCAGUCAGGAAGCUAAACGCAACUUGGAAAUUCAGCUUCAUGAUGACUUUAAUGACAACAAAAAUAUGAAAGAAAUCAUUUCAAAUAUUAAAGAAUUGUCUUCUAAGCAUGACAUUCCCGAACAUGAAAUCAUUGUUUUGGUAUGGACAGUUGUAAUGACACAAGUUGAGUGGAACAAAAAAGAAGAACUUCUAGCAGACCAGGCACUUAAACAUUUGAAGCAAUAUUCACCAUUGUUUUCUGCUUUCUCAACUACUGCGCGUUCUGAAUUGGCACUCAUGCUCAAGGUUCAAGAAUAUUGCUACGAAAAUAUGAAUUUCAUGAGAGUCUUCCAAAAAAUUAUUUUACUCUUCUAUAAAACUGAUGUGUUGACUGAAGAAGUAAUUUUGAAAUGGUACAAGGAAGGACACUCUAAGGGUAAAACAACAUUUUUGGAACAAAUGAAAAAAUUCAUUGAAUGGCUUCAGAAUGCUGAGGAAGAAUCUGAGUCUGGUGAAGAUGAAGAUUAAUUUAAGAACCAAAACAACCUGAAAAUAAAUAAGGAAAAAAAAAUUAAAAUAAGAAGCAUUAACACAAGAUGUCAGCCAACGACCAAAAUCAUAACUUACCAAGGAUUCUACUAUUAACUUGUUUCAUUACUUUUUUAAUAAAUAAAAACACCAAGGUAUAUGAUUAUAUUAAAUUUUUUAUAGGUGAAAAACAAAGAUUUGUUAUAAUUAUUUUAUUAUUAUUUUUUUUUGAGCAUAAUAUAGUAAUGAACAAACAAAUAAAAAUAGUUUUAAUCAAUUUAGUCAUUCAAAGAUUAUAUUAUAAUAAUUGUCGUGCCUACACAAGAUGGUCAGAUAGCAACAAAAAAUUAUCCAGUUAAUUUCUAUAUAUAUUUAUGUAAUAAUUGCAGUGGUGUAUGGCUGUUAUAAGUGUUGUUUUUUUUUUAAUAAACAAAAUUAUUUUUUAAUAAUCA